UUAUUAUUAGGUUUUUUUCCAAUUGAAAUCGAAACACACACAAAAAAAACAAACAUGUUUCUAGUAGAUUGGUUUUAUGGGGUUUUGGCAUCUUUAGGUUUAUGGCAAAAGGAAGCUAAGAUUUUGUUUUUAGGCCUUGAUAAUGCUGGUAAAACCACCCUCCUUCAUAUGUUGAAAGAUGAGAGGCUUGUUCAGCACCAGCCAACACAAUACCCAACUUCAGAAGAAUUGAGUAUUGGCAGAAUUAAGUUCAAAGCUUUUGAUUUGGGGGGACAUCAGAUCGCUCGUCGAGUCUGGAAAGAUUACUAUGCCAAGGUUGAUGCUGUUGUCUACCUGGUGGAUGCUUACGACAAAGAAAGAUUUGCAGAGUCAAAAAAAGAGCUGGAUGCACUUCUGUCAGACGAAUCAUUAGCCACUGUACCCUUUUUGAUCCUGGGAAACAAAAUCGACAUCCCUGCUGCCGCAUCAGAAGAAGAGUUGCGAUACUUCAUGGGUCUACAAGGCCUGACCACUGGCAAGGGUAGUGUAAAUUUGGAAAACUCAAGUGUUCGCCCUAUUGAGGUGUUCAUGUGUAGCAUUGUCAGGAAAAUGGGUUAUGGUGAAGGGUUUAAGUGGGUAUCGCAGUACAUCAAGUAGGCAAACAAAAAAGUUGUGAUCGUUUCAGUUCUUUAGAGAUUUUAUUUCCUACUGGUGGGGUUGGGUGUUCUCAAAUACUAUUUCAUAUAUAUAUAGUUGUGCUGUUUCGGGUUAUUUGACAUAUAAGCUGUGGAAGGUUUGGUGCGUGAUAUAACGUUGUAAACACUUUGGUGGAUUUGAUGAUUGGAGUAUAAUGUAAUGUAAGUUGGAUGCAGUUUUAGACGUUCUUA